AACAAGCCGAAAACAACACCAGUAGAUAGGGAUUACUUUGCUAGUGUCAAUCAUGUUGUUGUGGAUUAUCAUUUCCAACAUCAAUACAUACCAACAGUUCAUCCGUUAUAA